AUGUCCCUUCGUUUCGAUAACCAGGUCGUCGUCGUUACUGGCGCUGGCGGCGGACUUGGAAAAGCAUAUGCCCUGUACUUUGCUUCCAAAGGUGCCGGUGUCGUUGUCAAUGACCUCGGUGUAUCACAUUCUGGAGAGGGCCAGUCAUCAAAGGCUGCCGAUGUUGUUGUCGAAGAGAUCAAAGCCGCUGGUGGAAAGGCCGUUGCAAACUACGACAGCGUCGAGUUCGGUGAUAAGAUCAUAGACACCGCCAUCAAGACCUUUGGCCGCAUCGACAUCCUGAUCAACAACGCCGGAAUUCUCCGCGAUGUUAGCUUUAAGAACAUGAAGGACCAGGAUUGGGAUCUGAUUGACAAAGUCCACCUUUUUGGAGCAUAUAAGUGUGCUAGAGCUGCCUGGCCUCACUUUAGAAAACAAAAGUUUGGCCGAGUUAUUAACACUACCUCGGCUGCCGGUUUGUUCGGCAGCUUUGGCCAGACCAAUUAUUCCGCCGCCAAACUUGCCCUUGUUGGUCUUACCGAGACACUGGCAAAGGAGGGGCUCAAAUAUAACAUUCACUCCAACGCCAUUGCGCCAAUCGCUGCCAGUCGCAUGACGGAGACUGUGAUGCCCCCAGAGCUUUUGGCUAACCUAAAGCCUGAGUUCGUCGUUCCUAUCGUUGCAUACCUCGUUCACGCCUCUACUACCGAGACUGGUAGCAUAUUUGAAGCUGGUGCUGGUCACGUUGCUAAGAUCCGAUGGGAGCGUUCCAAGGGUGCUCUUAUGAAGGCCGAUGAUAGCUUCACCCCUGGCGCACUCCUGAAGAGAUGGGAGGAUGUCAAUGAUUUCUCCAAGCCAGCCUACCCAACCGGCCCUGCCGAUUAUGUUGAAUUGAUCCAAGAGUCAAUGAAACUACCAGCUAACCCCCCUGCAGAGCAGCCAGACUUCACCGGAAAGGUCGCUUUAGUUACUGGAGCUGGAGCUGGCCUUGGCCGAUCCUAUGCACUCAUGUUUGCUAAGUAUGGUGCCUCCGUUGUUGUCAACGACCUUAUGGACCCUGAGCCAGUUGUUCAGGAAAUCAAGAAGGCUGGAGGAAAAGCCGUCGGAUCCAAGGCCUCUUGUGAGGAUGGACCUGCCAUUGUCAAGACUGCAAUUGACAACUUUGGCCGCAUUGAUAUUGUUAUUAACAAUGCUGGUAACUUGCGCGACAAAGCGUUCACCAACAUGGAUGACAAGCUCUGGACUUCUGUCGUGAAUGUCCACCUCCGAGGUACCUACAGUGUCACCAAGGCCGCCUGGCCUUACUUUUUGAAACAAAAGUUUGGUCGUGUUGUCAACACCACUUCUACCAGUGGUAUAUAUGGAAACUUUGGCCAAGCCAACUAUGCAUCUGCUAAACUCGGAAUUCUCGGUUUCUCCCGCACCCUAGCUCUUGAGGGUGCCAAGUACAACAUUCGUGUUAACACUAUUGCCCCUAAUGCUGGUACUGACAUGACUAGAACCAUUAUGCCUGAGGAGCUUGUCCAGGCAUUAAAUCCCAACCAAGUUGCUCCUCUAGUUAUCCUUCUUUGCUCCGAGCUCCUCCCUGAGCCGGCCACCAAGGGUCUCUAUGAGUGUGGCAGUGGGUGGACUGGUAAGACCAGAUGGCAGCGUUCCGGAGGUCACGGUUUCCCCGUCGAUGUUGACCUCACCGUCGAAGAGGUUGCCAAAACCUGGCCCAAGAUUAUCGACUUCGAUGAUGGCCGUGCUGACCACCCCGACGACACUCUUGCCGGUACUGAGAGCAUCAUGGCCAACAUUAACAACAAGGUCGGUGAAGCUAAGAAGGAGGAGGCCCCCAAGGGUGGUGACCAGAGCAUUUUGGACAACAUUUCCAAGGCCAAGGAAAUGAAGGCAGAGGGAACCUCCUUUGACUACGCUGAUAAAGAUGUCAUCCUCUACAGUCUCAGUUUGGGAGCAAAGAGGACUCAGCUGCCAUUUGUGUAUGAGAACCACGACGAGUUCCAGGCUCUGCCUACCUAUGGUGUUAUUCCAUGGUUCAACACUGCUGUCCCCUGGAACCUGGGUGACAUUGUUGCCAACUUCUCGCCUAUGAUGCUCCUUCAUGGUGAACAGUACCUUGAGAUUAGGAAGUACCCAAUUCCAACUGAGGCAAAAACCAUCACCUACCCUAAGCUCAUCGAUGUCAUUGACAAAGGUAACGCCGCUAUUGUUGUCAUGGGUUACACCACCAAGAACGCAAAAACUGGCGAGGAUCUCUUCUACAACGAGUCUACCAUGUUCAUCCGUGGGAGCGGUGGGUUCGGCGGCUCAAACAAGUCUGCUGCCUCCCGCCCAGCUGCUGCCACUGCUGCCUACAAGCCACCACAGCGCAAGGCCGACGCCGUUGCCGAAGAGAAGACCGGGGAAGACCAGGCCGCCCUCUACCGCCUCAACGGUGACCGCAACCCUCUUCACAUUGACCCUGACUUCAGCAAGAUGGGCGGUUUUAAGACUCCUAUCCUCCACGGCCUCUGCUCCCUAGGUAUCUCUGGCAAGCAUAUCUAUGAGAAGUUUGGCGCCUUCAAGAACCUCAAGGUUCGCUUUGCAGGUGUUGUCCUUCCAGGCCAGACCCUCAGAACAGAGAUGUGGAAAGAAGGUAACGUCGUGGUCUUCCAGACCACCGUUGUCGAGACUGGCAAGCCCGCUAUCGCCGGUGCUGGUGUUGAGCUUGUCUCCAACGGAAAGGGCAAGUUGUAA